GUGUUGCAGCUCUUUUAGAAUUUGUCUAGCAGGCUUUCUGGCAGUUGCUGGAAAGCCCCUCUCCCAUGAUUUGUCUGUAACGACAGAAUUGCUCUCAUUGGCUGGUGCAGUUCUUUAUUUUCCCGAAUAAACAGAGUCAGGAAUUUACAGUCACCGAAAUUAAGGCUCAGCUAACACUUCCGGCUACGGAUGAUGCUGUUUCCCCUCCGCCUCCACCAGCCUUGAGAACUGCUGUAGGAGGUGGCUUGUUUGUCUAGGUUUUUUCAUUUCUCGUUUUUUGUUUUAUAUCUUCGCUGCACGUGCAGCUUUCGUCGUUCUAUGGCGUCUGCCGCGGCCCAACCCGCGCCCCUGAGCGCGGAGCAGGCCAAGGUGGUCCUGGCGGAGGUGAUCCAGGCGUUUUCGGCCCCGGAGAACGCCGUGCGCAUGGAUGAGGCUAGAGACAAUGCGUGCAACGACAUGGGCAAGAUGCUGCAAUUCGUGCUGCCCGUGGCCACGCAGAUCCAACAAGAGGUUAUCAAAGCUUAUGGCUUCAGCUGCGACGGGGAAGGUGUCCUUAAGUUUGCUCGCUUGGUUAAAUCCUAUGAAGCCCAGGAUCCUGAGAUUGCCAGCCUGUCAGGAAAGCUGAAGGCUCUGUUCUUACCACCCAUGACGCUGCCGCCCCAUGGGCCUGCUUCUGGUGGCAGCGUGGCUGCCUCCUGAGAGUUGGCCUUUCCCUGUGCUGCUGCAAGGGAGAGGAGGAACCUCAGGUGUUUCAGAGGAAAAUAAAUGUACCUGUGACUUAA